AUGAGCGGUGAAUUUGAAAUACAUAUCUCGGUACAUGUGCUAAAUGAGACGCACAAGGGUGAUUACGACCGAUAUAAAAUAGGGUAUGAGGUAUGCGACAAUGAUAAAUCUAUUAUUUUUACACCCACCAUAUUUAAAGAAGCGUUUGCAUCUUUCGCCAAAGAUCAAGAUCUUAUAUAUAAGGUGGAUCCAGACACGUUACGUUACAGAUUGUCACUGUUGCAAUUUGAAUCAGAAGUACCUCCGGAUGUGGUGACUAAAAUUGAAAAUAUAAUAAAAUAUAUCGAACGACAUUACGACAGCGACUAUAUCGGUGUAACUAUUGUAUAUGCGGAAUAA